UGCUGCUUCCGGGGUCUGUGCUUAGCCUCUCGGCCUGAAGCCCCCAGGGCCUCCAACGGUGGUAGCAUCUGUGCUUUAUCUCGAUUUGUGUUGUGCAUCCACUAGUAAGAUUUGUCCCAGGGUGUCAGGAAAGUCUAAGCGAGUUCACAAGGGCGUUAGGCUUCGCGUAAAGUCGGAUGUGAUAGAAAAGGAAGGCUGUGACCAACUGCCCGCUUGGGUGAGAUUUCCCCUAGGGUCAGCAGCGCCGCAUUGACAGCAGAAAGAGCAGCCUCCCACCCAUCACCACGUCAUCACUAUCGCCUCUCAACUUUCCUGUGUGCUCUGCUGUCUUCCCAAUUCUGGAAAAGUAUUUGGAACUAUGCUUUAGUUCAUUGUACAGACCCAUAAACAGUUGCAACGAACAACAUGCUGGUUGUGUUCUACCAAAACAGUGUGCUGAGGAGGGGCGGCAGAAUCUAAUAAUAAAUAGUUUGAAGAGGAAUAGUAGGUGAUGUCACACCAUUAUUUUGUGCAAGCCCUGAGUUGAAGAAUGAAUUGAAGAAUGGUUUAAUAGUGAGCCAAGGCCAGAAGAAAGGUGUUUAUGGGUGGAACCUUGGGAAAAUAGAAGAUGCCAUGCCUGUGAGAGGUGCUGGAGCCACAGUGUUGCAUAAAGCACAGUCACCCCCAUUCAAAAGGAGAAUCACUUGAAAUCACAUUGCUACUGGACCAUAAUUUCUAUAGGAAACCUUUUAUCCAUGCCGUGGGAUUAAUUUGGUUAACAGAACUUAUUUGAUUUCAGUGUCAACAAAAAGCAUUAGUUUACUGUUUGCCAAGGUUGUCAGCUCCUGUGAGGAUUUCUACAAAGAAUCACAGCAUCUGCACAAGACCAAGCUGUAGUAAGGACCGUUAUGCCCAAAUAGGCCCUUAAACGGAAGACCUGCUGAGCAGAGACCCACUUUCCUAGCCCUGCUCAACUGCGUCAGCUUUUCUGCCAACUGACCAGGCGGAAGCAGCAGCAGGGGAGGAGGGACUGCAGCCGCACCUCACCCUUUGGAGGCUCCAGCUAGCAAAACUUGGAUAUGAAAAGGAAGGAUUUCUGAAGGCUGAUUGAACAGCAUCUCAGGCAUGUUGAAAAAGAUGUUCUGAUCCCUAAAAUAAUGAGAGAAAAGGCCCGAGAGAGAUGUUCUGAACAAGUUCAAGAUUUUACCAAAUGUUGCAAGGCCUCUGGAGUGCUUAUGGUAGUAAAAUGCCGGAAAGAAAAUUCUGCACUGAAAGAAUGCCUAACUGCCUACUAUCAGGAUCCAGCCUUUUAUGAAGAAUGUAAACUGGAAUACCUGAAGGAAAGGGAAGAAUUCAGAAAAACUGGAAUUCCUACCAAGAAAAGACUACAGAAGCUUCCCACAAGCAUGUAGGCAAAUGUUCAAGUGAUACUCAUGGAAACCACAAUCACCUAAAAAGUUGGACUCAAGAAAGGGGUUUUGCUUUAUCCUAAAUUAUGGAAAUAUUAAAUUUUAUCGAUAAUAAAGAUUUAUAAAAAUUGCAGUGUUAAGCUUAUUAAAUGGAAUAGAAGUACAUACUGAAAUGGGGUAUGCUUGCCUAGUCAUUAUGGAUAUUUUAUUUUUCCAUGACUAUAGUUCUUCAACAGCGCUAGUGAUUUUUAGGGUUCCAUAUGGGUCUUAUUCUCUUCCAAUGGCUAGACUAACGGCUAAUCAUGAGAACCAGAAGUUACUAAAGGAAAGCAGGAAUAGACAACUUUUAAAGGUGUUAAUAAUUAGGCAGCAGAACAGUAUGGUUAUGAGCCAGAAUCCUUGUACCACUAUUAACCAUGCCACUGUAGAAAUUAAUCUCAUGCAGUUAUUGUGAGGAAUUGCAGGCUGGUCAGAAUGCACAUAGAAAAUGCCCGAGCCAUGUUAGAUGCUCUUGUUUUACUACUAGUAGUAAGGGCCUAUUUGGAAACGUACAUUAUCCAUCACUUAUUUUCCUGACACCUUUAAUGGAAUUUUGUGUUUAA